AGUUUCAACUACAGAAGCAAUUAAUUAGAUUAACCCACAUCCCUUUCCUCCGGUCCUCUAUUUCUAGUCAUUUCCAUGUCAAGAGGCGGUAGAUAAACAAGUUGCAACCACCCAUAUACAUCUUCCAUUCCAACACAGGCUUCCACAAUAGAGUCAGAGCUCACAGCUCAGACCUAGAGAGAGAGAAAGAGAUUUGCAAUGGAAGAGUUCGCAUUCCCCAGCUUCCCACUCGAGCAAUGCAACGCCGACUUCUCCGCCUCCGCGUCGCCGUGGCUGCUCGUUCCCGGCGGCGUUGUUGGCACGGCGGCAGUGCACGAGCACGACCACCGGAGGAGCGUCUCGGCCGUGGAGCAGCAAGCCGCGGGCGGCGACCAGCAGCAGCUGGGUGGCCGCCACGGCUCGGCGAGGUUCGCGGUGGAGGACAAGAUGGACAUGCUGUGGGAGGACUUCAACGAGGAGCUCGCACGGGCCGCGCAGCCCUGCCCGCUCACCAGGGGGACGCCGUCGUGGGCGGCCGCGAGGGAGCCCUGGCUCGACGGCGCCUUGGAGACGCGCAAGCACGCCGUCGUCCGCCGGCGGAGGAUGGGCCUCCUCAUGAUGCUCAGGCUGCUCAAGAAGCUCUUCCUGGCGCACAAGUCCGGCGCCGCCCCGUCGCGGAAGGCGCCGCCCAUCUGACGCAGCUGAAAAAAAAUCAAGCCUUUGAUGAGUAGUGCAUGAUGAUGUGUCAGGUGUAUAUACGGAGGUGAUCAAUACACGCAUGCUUCUCUCGUCUCGGUAGCACAGGACCAAGAACUUGCUGUUUCAUGUUCUAUUUCUCUUACAAGUUUCUCUUGUGUACCUGAGUCACUGUCGAGAGUCUGGUUAUGCCUUGGGUUUUGCUUAAACUUUGACGAGCUGCAACAUGUUACUGAAAUCAGGGAGGGCAGCUACCAGAAUUCUGCAUUGAACAAUAUUAUUUGUAAAAUCAGUCACAUUUUUGCA